UUCCCUUUAUUCUCUUGCUUCCCCAUAUUAUUUCAAAAAAUAAAACAAAAUAAAAUAAAUACAGCACAAAUGGCAGCUGCAGCAGCAGCAGCACUUCUCCCUUCACUCAGCCACAGCCACAAACACCUCCCACUCCACUGCACACGAAACAAAAACAAAACACCGUUCGUAAAGCAAACAUCAUCAACGGUACAAACAACAACAUACCGAAAAUCCGUAAUCAAAUGCGGCCGGAGUAUAGAAGAUUUCAUCGGGGGCGACCUACUAAGGUUCGAUUUAGGGCAGUGGUUGUCCGAUGUGGAGGAGCACAAGUCACUCGCAAUCUACCCCCCACACGAGGGGGGAUACGAGGGGCGGUACCUUAACCGCCUCCGUUACAAAGGCUAUCAUUUCUUGGAUAUAUCUGCACGAGGUUUGGGCGACCCUGAAACAACCCUCACCAAAUUCCACCCCGUCUGCCCGGCUCAUGUGGGGAAGCAGCCUAUAGCUAGAUGGUAUUUCCCUCCCGAAGUUGAUUACAGGCUCUCUUUGCUGCCUCCGGAUGCUAAAGGGCUGGUGGUUUGGGUUAUCGAAGCUAAGGUUUUAUCAAAGGCAGAAUUGCAGUUUCUUGCUAUACUACCCUCACUAAGACCGCGAGUCAGGGUCAUUGCUGAAUGUGGCAAUUGGAGAAAGUUCAUGUGGAAACCAUUGAAAGAAAUCGCAGGCUUACCAGCGACAGCGGAACAAGUUUCAAGUCAGUGAAAGAAGAGAAAUGCAAGAGAUAGAAGAAGUUGGAUCAGCUUACCGUUGUUCGAUUCUUCAAUUCGUGUAUAUCGAGAAAUUGGAGAAGAGUGCAGUUCUUUCAGGAUUUCUGGCUUACUUUUCACCUGUAAUGCAUAGACCAAAAAAACCAAAGUUACUGUCUAAGAAUUGUACAUUGUCAAGCAUUACAUUGUUAUAUAUAUAUAACCAAAAAACAAUCUCAGGUA